CAAAAGACAAUGACAAUGGCAGGUUGGGUAGUGUCAACAGACAACGCGUUCCAAACACCAGUUUAGAGCUCAUCACAGAAAUAGCAUUUUGAACAGACUUUGAAACGAAACAGAUCUAUAAUCACAAUAGAGUAGUAUUUUUAAAAAUUGCUGACAGCUAAUAUAGAGUCGGGCAUUUCUAUGAACAGAACUGUUAAGUUUUAGGCUAGUUAAAGCUUAGCUUCUAUCUAGUCUACGUAACUUACUUAGAUCUAUCUAAUUUUAAAUAAAUAUUCAAUAAAAAAUGGCCGCUGUACUGUUGACCUAUCUUGCCUGCCGUCAACACCAAUUUAUAGUUAUACUGUAGAAUCUUUAAAAAAAAUAUAAUGUGAACAACUAUUAGCCUAUCUUUAAAUAAUAUUUGUUAUCAUCAAAACACGUUUUGACAUGCUGAUUGCAGUGGACGUCAGAAAUGGACACUUCUGAAGGAUCCAAAUCUAAGUUAUUAAAAACUGAGAACAACAUUGCUAAUAAGCAAAAGACCCCAAAAGUAACUAGUGCUAGAGCAGUUUCAUAUCAUGAAAUGGCAGAUGAUCGUCUACUGCAAAAACGAACACAGCUGCAGAGAGAACUGUUAGCAUCACUCAAAGAAGAUCUUUCUGACUGGAUCAAAGAAAUGAUAGGCAGCCAUAUCAACCUCAGUGCUGAUAACUUCAUACAUGAUCUGGACACUGGGACCAUCUUGUGUCAGAUUUGUUUGAAGAUAGAACAGCAAGCUAGCAUAUGUGCCCAGCAAGGAACUUAUACUCAGCCACUGCCUAGCUAUAAAAUCUACUGUAACAAGCAUGCUAGAUCUGGGUCUUGGUUUGCCAGAGACAAUACCACACAUUUCUUGAACUGGUGCCGAGCUUAUGGCAUGAUUGAGGAGGCUUUGUUUGACACUGAGGACUUGGUUACCCACCAUAAAGAAAAGAAUGUGAUAGAUUGCCUAAUGGAGCUGGCACGAAUAGGUGUCAGGUUUGGCCUGAAGCCACCAAGGUUUAUAAGUCUGGAGCAAGAAUUGCAACAUGAGCUGAGCCUAACCUCGGUCACAUCAUUAGAUGACCUGUUUUUGUCUCCAGCCUCAGUGUCCAGUGAAGAUUUAAAUGUCUCCCUGCACUCAGAUUCUUCUCUACACACCCAGGUUGAUAGAUUGAGCAAGGCGUACAAAACAGAGAAUAAAGUCCAUAAGAUCACUGAAGGGCAGUACCUUGUGUAUGGGAAAAAGAUGUUAAUCAGACUGUGCAGGAACAAGCAACUGAUGGUGAGGAUAGGUGGAGGCUGGGAGACAUUUGAGAGUUACCUGAUGAGCCACGCCCCAAUCUUGUCCUCGGAUGACUCCUGUGAGACCGUCCAACAAAGUAAAUCCUAUUUUAUACACAGAACCAGUAACUCCAGUAUGGUGAGGGGCAAGAAAAAAGCCAAACUCUUCUCUAAAAGUUUCCAAUAAAACAAAAGUAGUUCACAUACAAUG